AGUUCAGAGCUGGCGUUCGUUGCGGUCGCUUGUGUGAGAAUUACUUUUCUGGGCAACCUUGAAUGUGCUCUCGUUAAGUCAUCUCGCUGCUUUAUAGGGGAGGAAUCUAGAUGAAAUGAUUUAAUUGGUAAAACUUAAAGCUGUGUGUGUAUGUGAAAACUUGUUGCAUAUGUGUUGUUAGAAUUCGAAUUGAAGGGAUAUUUUGGACGUUUAAUGUUGACUUAUAAAACUUACCUCAGGUGGGUUUAUGAAAAGUGAAAUAGUUUUUGAACAGGAAGAAGUUCAAUGCACAAGCUACCGGUUAGAAAUGUAGUUAAUAAAAGAAAGUAUGGGACAUGGUUUGAUAAUUUUAUGUUAUUUUGAAUGUAAAUAAUGAGACAUAUUAUCGAUUACUUCAUACUAUGUGCUCUGUAGUGAUGUGUCGUCAUCGAUCAUGAUUGUGUCUCGCACGCAACUAGUGCUGUUCUUUGCUCUUCUACAUUAUCGAGCCGAAAGUCAACAGGAAGUGCUUAUUGAAGAGUCACUGGAGGUAGAGUCAGUACAAGGACCGACGGGCGGGCGAGUGGAGUUGCCUUGCGAUGUGAGUCCAGCUCUCUCCGCAGACAAAGUUGGCCUCGUUAUAUGGUAUAAGCAGGGUCACGAAACACCAAUAUAUUCAUUAGACGCACGAGAGGGCAUAACGUCUCAGUGGUCCGACCCUUCUACCCUGGGUAAUCGAGCAACUUUUCGAACGAAUACCACCCCUGCUGUGCUGGUGUUAAAUAAACUAAGGCCAGAAGACAGCGGCCAAUACAGAUGUAGAGUGGACUUUAUAAAAUCUCCGACUAAGAAUUCAAGACUCAACCUCACAGUGCUUAUUCCACCAGAUCGACUGAUCGUAAUUAGUGAAGGCAAUGAUGAAGUGCACGGGAAUAUACUUGGCCCUUACGACGAAGGAGCAGAGGUGAAUUUAACCUGCAUAGCUGUUGGAGGUCGUCCGAUAGCAAGGGUGUCAUGGUGGAAGUCGCAUGCUUUACUCGCCAACUCAGAAGCAAGAGCUACAGUCUCACUUAAACUUCACAGGCCUGACUUCGGUACCGAUAUCACAUGUCAGGCAGUAACGGAUCCAUCAAUACCUCCAUUAUCUAACAGGCUUUCGAUUGACAUGAAUUUGCCUCCGCUUUCGGUGCGAAUACAAGGAGGAAAGCGACCUUUAGUGGCUGGUCAAAGUACGGAAUUAACAUGUCAAGUAGUGGGGGCCAGGCCGAAACCUGUUAUAUCUUGGUGGAAAGGAGGAACCAAGUUAACUACUGUAAGGGAUUCUACUUCGAUGGAUGGAAAUAUCACCAUAAGUGUUCUAACUUUUGUGCCAGCGAUAGAAGAUGCAGGCAGAGUUUUAUCAUGCAGGGCAGCUCAACCAAAAAUAUCGCACACUACUCGAGAAGACGGCUGGAAAAUGGAGAUACAGCAUUUACCGGUCGUUACAUUAAAGUUUGGUGCGAACUUGGAUGCCGAUAAAGUAGUGGAAGGAUCUGAUAUCUACUUGGAUUGUAGAGUCCGUGCAAACCCUUGGUACAGCAAUGUUCAUUUCACUCAUAAUGGUAUUACAGUGAAGGCGGGACCUGGAGUAUUACUCGCAAAUCAAACUUUAGUUUUACAACACGUGUCUAGACAAGCGGCUGGUCCCUAUGUUUGUUCUGCAACAAAUAUCUUGGGUGAUGGAUUUAGUUCACCAUUAAUUUUGGAUGUAAAAUAUGCUCCAACUUGUAAAUCGGAACAACCGAUCAAUAUCAGGGCAGCGAGAGGGGAAGUUGUCGAGAUUGAGUGCAUCGUAGAUGCUAAUCCUAAAGUUUCUUUAACGUUUCAAUGGUGGUUUAAUAGUACGACACACGCGAAGCGUGAAUUGAAAAUUUCUCCGCUAAACGUACAAAAUCAAGCAGGUACGAUUCUCUACGUUGUGAACUCGUCAGCGGACUACGGCUGGGUACAGUGUGUUGCGUCUAACUUAGUGGGGUCACAGACACUUCCCUGCGUGUAUCACAUUUUACCAGCAGAAAAGCCGUCAGCAGUCAGGAAUUGUGAUAUCACAAAUGUGACGUAUGAUUCCCUCACACUAAACUGUACGCCAGGUCAUGAUGGCGGGGUCCGCCAAACGUUUUUUCUGGAGGUUUUCGACAAAACAACAGGUAUGUUACUGCGUAACAUAAGCAACGAAGAGCCGCUCUUUGAAGUACCUGGACUUUCCACGAGUGGCGUCCUAGCGUUGUCAAUAAGAUCGUAUAACAGUAAAGGCUUAAGUGAAGCUUUUACGCUUGCGUGUAGUCUUUUGCAAUAUCCGGAACGAAGAACAGCGCAAGUGCCCGUCAAAGUAGAAUUAACGACACUACUAAUAACAGUUCUGGCGGCGGUAGUGAUAAUUACGAUCAUGGCGGCGGUGUCCGCCGCAGUGUGCUACUGCAAGUAUUGUAAUAACAGGGAAGAUACAAACGAGAAAGCUAAAAGGUCCCAAGAAGAGAGUUUAAACGUGUUGCUUACAGGUGAGAAAAAGACUGACAGUGCUGAUAGCUUAGAUAAGAAUCCGGAUAUUAUACCUUUAAACACGAAACUAAGUGAUACUUGUUCUAACAAAUCGUCAAACACAGACUAUAGUUCUGUCAGACCUUUAAUAUCUACAACUAAUGUAGAUGAAUUUGAAAUACCCAAUCGUUUCAAUGCACAUUAUAAUCAUGCAAUAAACAGUACUUACCAGUAUGAACAUCCACUGAGAUAUAGGAUACCCAAUUUCCAACCAAGUUUGGCGCCGAUGCCGAACAUUGGAACAAAUGUUUAUAGGCAACCGUUUCAUAAUGUUUAUGAAGAUUGGUUGAGAUAUAAAAACGCGUUACCUUUAGAUAGUAGCCAUUUGCUACCAUUAGAGCAACUAAGACCUCCAGAGGAAUAUAUCUCUCCGCCACCUCCGGUACUCAGCGACUUAUGUCCCAAUCCAAAUUCCCAGUGCCAUCUGCAGGAAUCCCAUUUGCGAGAAAUGGGACAAAGACAUUCCUCAAAUGAAAGUAAUCCGGCUUUGAGUCAAAAUCUGAAAAUGUCUGAUUUACCCUCUGUGAGAGUACAUUCAGAAAGUAGUAGUGCAUAUUUUAAUAAGUUCGGUGUUGCAACAAACACUAUACCCCGUAUGAAAGGUACUAAUACAAUGUCACCAAAGCCCCGGCUAAAGGAAAUGAAACUGGAUUCCACGAAAUCCACUGAGACUGAAACUGAUUAGAAGAAACAUUAAAAAUUUAAUGCGUAUGUAAUACAAGGCUGUCCGAAUAUUAUGAAAGUGGUAGUAAAUAUUGUACAUACAUAAUAAUAAGCAUAAUAACGAACUGUUGAGCAAAUUUAAAAUCUUUGUUGUGUAUAAUAAAUACUAAUUAACAAAAUAAAUUUUAUAAAUGUGUUAUUAUUAUUUAUAUCCCA